AUGUUGGAUACAGCAAGGCAGAUGGCUGAGCUGAAAUUUGAGGCUCCAUUGGCACAGUUUGAAGAGUCGGAGGAUGAAUGGGCCAUAGGAGGAAUGACAAUAAAUACAAACGAUGUUGUCGAUAAUUUUAAAAAUAUUUUGAAUUCGAGUCCGUUGAAAAAAAACAUCAACGAAAAUUUCACGAAUAAUAUAAAAAAUUCAAAAUCGGGGAUUUUUAUAUCGAACAAGGGAGAAAUAAAUAACAUGGAUUUCGCAUACGAAAAAAUAAACGGAUAUUCGAAAGAAGAUAUGUUGAAAAAUUUGAAUCAGGGAAAUUCCGUGUCAGAAAAUUUUACUGAAACGUUUUCAGGCUCUCUAGAGGAUUUGGUUAACACGUUUGAUGAAAGGAUAACAAAAUGUUUUUGUGAUUAUGAAGAAAACGUUGAGAAACUGGCGCCGGUUCAGGUUCGAACUCAAGAAGAAAUAAUGAACGAAUGCCAAAUGUGGUGGACCAUCACAGGGAAUUUCGGCAACAUUCUACCGAUCGAUUGGUCCAAAUCAUACGCUCGCAAACUUCACGUACCGACUCUUAAUUUAACGGAAAACAAUGGCGGAAAUUCAAACGACGAUAUAAUUAAUUUAUCAGACGAAGACGAACAGGUAGCCAACGAUCUCGAUAUGCAUUCGUUAAUAUUGAACGGUUUGAGACAGGAUUGCGAAUCCGUUAAGACGGCAGAAGAAGUUAUAAGAGAAAUUGAUGAUAUGAUACAAGAAGACUUUACUGGAGAUUCGGAAGAAUCGCCGGAUUGUCAAGAUUACGAAAGGCCAAAACAAAUCGUACAUUCACCUUUAUACGAGGAAAAGUUGAAGCAAUUGAGUUUGUCACAAUUAAACGAGGUUUAUUUGGAAGUGGAAGUUUUAAUUCAAAAAUAUUCGGAAACUCUGAUAUCCGAAUUAGCUUUGAGAGAUGAAUUGGAAUAUGAAAAAGAAUUAAAAAAUACUUUUAUCGAUCUUCUCGUAUCGGUUCAAAAUAGACGACGUCAAUAUCAUGCCGAAAGGAAAAGGUGCAAUAGAAAUGGUAAUAGUCCCCGCACAAACGCGGUAGAAUCAAAAUACCUGACAACGGUUAUUCCCUAUCAUAAGGAUUCAGGUCCUCCAAACAAUCAGGCUCUUCAAGUUUUAAUCAAAAUUUUGAAAGCCAUAAAAGAAGAUAAUCCUAUGGUACCGACACUUUUAACGGAUUACAUUCUUAAAGUUUUAUGCCCAACUUAA